AUGAAGGCAAGCGCAGAGGUACUUGUCGUCCCUUCGUUGCACGACAACUUAGCCUACGUCAUAAUAGAUGAAAAAACGAAGAAGGCUGCGUGUGUAGAUCCAGUGGAGCCAGAAAAGAUACUCAGAAAAAUUGAAAACUUGAAUGUCGACUUGGAAUACGUCCUCUGCACGCAUCACCAUUAUGAUCAUUCAGGAGGGAACAUACGCAUGAAGGAGCUGAAGAAAAAAAUUAAAGUCGUUGGGUCGGCUUACGAAGCAACUCCUGGUGUCACUGAAAAGGUUUACGACAGCCAGAUUGUGCGUCUAGGCGAUGUGUGCGUAAAGGCCAUCCACGCGCCAUGUCACACGAAGGGCCAUAUCAUGUAUUACGUGUACAAAGUGGAUGACCAGAAAAACGAAGAUAAAAACUAUGCCCCCAUUUUGUUCACUGGAGACACCCUAUUUAUUGCCGGCUGCGGCAGGUUCUUCGAGGGAAGUGCCAAGGAGAUGUUUAAGAAUAUUGAAAAGGUUAAAGGUUUGCGCAAGGAAACCCUCAUUUACUGCGGACAUGAGUACACACUCAACAAUUUGAGAUUCGCGAUGAGCUUCGAAAAGGACAACGAACACAUGAAGAACAAAAUGAAGGAGGUUGAAGAAAAAGUCAACAGCAGAAAGCCAUCCGUCCCAUCGACCAUCGAACAGGAAUAUCUUAUCAACCCCUUUUUCAGAACCCAACAUUAUACUGAAAAAUUCGACACCACAGAUGAGGUCAAGAUAUUGGACAAAUUACGCGAGUUGAAAAAUAAUUUUUAG